UCAUUUCUCUGCCUUUUUAGUGAAAAGAAUGUCAGACAAGAAGGCGGUGAUAAAGAAUACAGACAUGUCUGAGGACAUGCAGCAAGAUGCAGUGGACUGUGCCUUGCAGGCUAUGGAGUACAACAUUAAGGAUAUUGCUGCCUAUGUCAAAAAGGAGUUUGACAAGAAGUAUAACCCCACAUGGCACUGCAUUGUUGGAAGGAACUUUGGCACCGAUGUGAUACUUGCGACAAAGCCCUUCAUCUACUUCUACCUCAACCAAGUAGCCAUUCUACUCUUCAAAUCUGGCUGAAGGCCUCAAACUCCUUUUUAAAUUUCCCCUGCAUCAUAUUGUACAUUUGCACCAC